AAAAAGGAAGCGAUAAUGCACCAUGGCAGCGGUCCUCAGAAUGUCCAGCCCCAGAGGUCCAGGUCCUUCACAGGGAGUGAAGGGGAAGACCAGCAGUCACAUUCAAAUCUACCCCAGUCCCCUGCAGCUCCAUUUGCUCCUUCAGCAAGCCCGUCAGCACCACAGUCUCCCAGUUACCAAAUACAGCAGCUUAUGAAUAGAAGUCCAGUAGCUGGUCAGAAUGUAAACAUUACCCUUCAGAAUGUUGGACCAGUAGUUGGAGGAAACCAGCAGAUCACCCUGACCCCUUUGCCAAUCCCCAAUCCAACUUCCCCAGGUUUUCAGUUUAAUUCUCAGCAAAGGAGGUUUGAACAUGGCUCCCCAUCCUACAUUCAAGUUACCUCCCCGUUGCCCCAACAAGUCCAGUCUCAAAGCCCAACCCAGCCCAGCCCUGGGCCAGUUCAGGCCUUACAGAGUGUGCGGGCAGGCACUCCUGGCCCGGGACUGGGUAUUUGCAGCUCCAGCCCCACUGGAGGCUUUGUGGAUGCUAGUGUCCUUGUGAGACAGAUCAGUUUGAGCCCUUCGAAUGGUGGACACUUUGUGUACCAGGAGGGUUCAGGCAUCACCCAGAUUGCUCAGGGAGGGCAGGUUCAACUCCAGCACGCAGGGGCCCCUAUUACCGUUCGAGAACGCAGACUUUCACAGCCCCACGCCCAGACGGGCGGCACCAUUCAUCAUCUCGGACCCCAGAGCCCGGUAGCUAGUGGUGCCAGUAUGCAGCCUUUGACUAGCCCCAGUCACAUUGCAACGACCAGCUUGCCACCCCAGAUCAGUAGUAUUAUUCAAGGACAAUUGAUUCAACAGCAGCAAGUACUUCAAGGACAGCAGUUGAAUAGACCUAUGGGGUUUGAGAGGCCUUCGGGUGUCUUAAUAUCUGGAGUCGGAGGCCCUUCAGCCUUCGGGAUGACUUCACCACCCCCUGGACCGACCAGCCCUUCUCGAGCUGCUGUGCCACAGGGUCUUUCCAGCCUUCCUCUCGCUCCUGCAGGAAGUUUGGGAGUGAAAAAAGUACCUAAAAAAUUGGAGGAGAUUCCAGCAGCGUCUCAAGAAACAGCUCAGAUGAGGAAGCAAUGCCUGGACCAUCAUUACAGGGAGAUGGAGGCUCUGAAAGAGAGCUUUAGGGAGUGUUUGAUUGAACUGUUUUUCUUGCAGCAUUUUCAAGGGAAUAUGAUGGAUUUCUUAGCUUUUAAGAAAAAACACUAUGCACCCUUGCAAGCGUAUCUUAAGCAAAAUGAUUUGGAUCUUGAGGAAGAGGAAGAGGAGGAAAAAUCUGAAGUCAUCAAUGAUGAGGUAAAGGUUGUGACAGGAAAGGAUGGGCAGACUGGGACUCCUGUUGCUAUUGCAACCCAGCUUCCUCCAAAUGUUUCUGCUGCUUUUGCGUCCCCGCAGCAGCCAUUUCAGCAAAUAAACACAGGGAGCCUAGUGGCAGGGGCAGCAAGUACCAUAGACACGGAGUCCCUUAAGCGACCGCAGACGUUCACGCCAGCAGAGCAGUCUAAGAGACCUCGGCUUGAAGUGGGUCAUCAUGGGGUAGUUUUCCAGCAUCCAGGGGUGACGACAGCAGUGCCUCUGCAGCAACUAAUGCCUACUGCACAAGGUGGAAUGCCUCCCACUCCUCAAGCUGUACAGCUCACUGGACAGAAACAAAACCAACAGCAGUAUGAUCCAUCCAAAGGUCCUCCCGUGCAGAAUGCUGCAAGUCUGCAUACUCCUCCACCUCAGCUUCCUGGGCGGCUGCAGCCUGCCAGUGUCCCGGGCACAUCUCUCCCAUCGACCCUGCAAAUCUCACAGCAGCCCCAGCAGCAGAUGAUGGAGACCCAGCCCCAACCCCAGCCCCAGCCCCAGCCCCAGCCCCCAAUUCCAGUGAAGACCCAGCCACCCAAUGUACCCAUUCCUGCCGCUCCAGCCAGCCAGCCCCCAACACCCCUUCCACAGCCUCUCACGCCAGCACUCCAUGUUCAGAUGCAAGGAAAGACGCAGAUGCAGGUGUCUCCCCUUCCAACACAGCCCCAGACUGUGGCAUUAACAAGACCACCUGCGGAUUCUGGCCAGCCUUGUCAGCGUUCUGUACCCACUUCCUCAUCUACCUCAUCCGUCACACCAGCAAGUCUCUCAGGCCCAGUGCCCUCACCUGCACGAUCAUCGCCAGUAAAUAGGCCCUCCCCAGCAACCAACAAGUCACUGUCUCCCAUUGCAUCUCGGUCCCCAGGUGCCACAGUAUCUGUCACCCCAAAACCUCAGAGCCCAGCUCAAAAUACCACACAAUCCCAGGAUAGUGCCCAAGAGAAACUGGCUGAACAAGUAACUCUGGAAACCCAAAUCCAUCAAAGAAUAUCAGAAUUGAGAAAGGAGGGUCUGUGGUCUCUCAGACGGUUGCCAAAACUUCAGGAAGCCCCACGACCAAAGUCUCACUGGGAUUAUCUCUUAGAAGAAAUGCAGUGGAUGGCAACAGACUUUGCACAAGAGAGGAGGUGGAAAAUGGCAGCUGCAAAGAAGCUUGUCAGAACUGCAGCUCGUUAUCACGAAGAAAAGAAGCUUCAUGAAGAAAGAGGAAAGAAAGAGGAACAGAAUCGAUUAAGACGUAUAGCUGCUUCAACUGCUAGAGAAAUAGAAUAUUUCUGGUCAAAUAUUGAACAGGUUGUGGAAAUUAAACUUCAAGUUGAAUUAGAGGAGAAAAGGAAGAAAGCCUUAAAUUUACAGAAACCAUCCAGGAGAGGAAAAGAUUCAAGGUCUAAGGGACUUCAUGCUUUCCCAGAGCAUUUUAUGGACUCUGGAAUAUGUGGAAGAAAAGUAAAAGUUAGUACAUCCUUAACUGAUGAUGAAGUGGAAGAUGAAGAGGAGACAAUUGAAGAGCAAGAGGCAAAUGAAGGAAAUAUAGACCAUCAAACAGAACUCUCUAAUUUAGCCAAAGAAGCUGAAUUGCCCUUAAUUGACCUGGUAAAGUUAUAUGAAGGUGCCUUUAUGCCAAGUUUUCAGUGGCCACAGCCUAAGCCUGAGAGUGAAGAAACCAGCGAAGAAGAAGACACAGAAGACUCUACAGUUGACAGAGUUUGUCAGAAGGAAAUGGUUCUCAUUGAUUCACUUCUCAUCAUUGAUCAGUGUAAAGGUGUGGAGAGACCAAAUAUUAUGAAACCAAACACAAGAGACAUUACUGAAGUAGCCGCUCUGGCAGAGGCUGUACUGCCCAAGGGCAGUGCUCGGAUCACGACCUCGAUCAAUUUUAAUACUCCAUCUUUGUUGUAUGGUGCACUAAGAGAGUAUCAGAAGAUUGGACUGGACUGGUUAGCAAAACUCUACAGGAAGAAUCUCAAUGGCAUCUUGGCAGAUGAUGCUGGACUUGGUAAAACUGUACAAGUUAUUGCCUUUUUUGCACAUCUCGCUUGUAAUGAAGGUAAUUGGGGCCCCCACCUUGUGGUUGUGAGAAGUUGCAACAUAUUAAAAUGGGAGCUUGAAUUGAAACGUUGGUGCCCGGGGCUAAAAAUCCUUUUAUACUUUGGCAAUCAUAGAGAACUUAAAGCAAAGAGACAGGAAUGGACUGAACCCAACAGCUUCAACAUAUGCAUAACCUCUUAUAAACAGUUCUUUAAAGGCCAUCAUGCCUUCAUGAAAGUGAGGUGGAAAUACUUAGUCAUUGAUGAGAUGCAGCAAGUAAAGAACAUGACUGAGAAGCACUGGGAGGCAGUUUUCAAUCUACGAAGCCAAUUACGUCUGCUCCUCAUAGACACACCUUUGCAUAACACUUUGAUGGAAUUGUGGACCAUGGUGCACUUUUUGAUACCUGGAAUUUCUAGACCUUAUCAGAACUUUCCAGUAAAACCAGCUAAUGAGGAGAGCCAAGAUUACUACCAUAAAGUGGUCAUAAGGUUGCACAGAGUGACUCAGCCAUUUAUUUUGAGAAGAACUAAAAGGGAUGUUGACAAGCAGCUGACGAAGAAAUAUGAACAUGUGUUAAAGUGUCGACUUUCUAGUCGGCAAAAGGCCUUGUAUGAGGAUGUUAUCCUUCAGCCCAGAACUCAAGAGGCUCUUAAGAGUGGGCAUUUUGUUAAUGUCCUGAAUAUUCUAAUGAAACUUCAGAGGAUAUGCAAUCAUCCUGGUCUGAUAGAUCCUAGGCUUCCAGGCUCUUCUUAUGUUUUGGAAACACUGGAGUAUAGAUCUGCUUCUCUGAUUUUAAAGGCAUUGGAAUGUGGUUUUUGGAAGGAAGCAGAUCUUUCUAUAUUUGAUCUAAUUGGAUUAGAAAAUAAAACCACUCACUAUGAGGCACAAGUGUUAUCAAAGAAGAAGAUAACUCGAAAACAUAUAGAAGAAAUCUUCAGUUCAUCCCCUCCACCAGCCAGACCUAAUGCAGUGAAACUUAAGCCAAGCAAAUUGUUUCAGCCUGUGCAGUACGGCCAGAAGCCUGAGGGUAGGACAGUAGCGUUCCCAAGUACCCAGAGCUCCUCACGUACAGUGUCUGCAGCAGCUGCCGCUGCCGCCGCUGCAGUGACUUCCCAGGGGCAGGUUCGAGGAAGAUCGCCCAUUGCCACGUUCUCGGCCAAUCAGGAUGCAAAAGCGGCCGCAGCACAGUUUCAGACAUCUCAGGCUCCUACCAGUGCUCCAAGACACCAGCCAGCAGCGACCUUCACCACAGCAACUAGCACAGCCAAUCCUGUGAAACAGCGGGGUCAGAACUCAGCCCAGGCCUCCCAACUAGGCCAGACCCAGCCCCAGCCCCAGGCCCCCUCGCACACCAUCCAACAGAGUGUGCUUCCUCAGAGGCUGGUACUGACCUCUCAGGCCCAGGCACGGUUGCCUAGUGGAGAGGUUGUGAAAAUUGCCCAGCUGGCUUCCAUAGCAGGGACACAGAAUCGAGUGGCUCAGCCAGAGACCCCUGUGACCCUGCAGUUCCAAGGGAACAAGUUUACCUUGUCACACAGUCAGCUCCGACAGCUCACUGCAGGCCAGCCCCUACAACUGCAAGGAAGUGUUCUUCAGAUUGUCUCUGCUCCUGGACAACAGUAUCUGCGCCCUCAAGGCCCAGUUGUUAUGCAGACAGUGUCUCAGACUGGUGCUGUCCAGAAUGCUUUGAAUGCCCUGGGAAACAAGAACCAAGCAAAUGUUCCAAGUUCGACACCAGGAACUCCACCAGUAGGUGUUCCAGGGAGAACAGCAGUUAAUUCCUUGACAUCAGGAGAAGCUGGAGUAGUAUCAAAAAUGACUAGUCCUAUAGGAGGCCCAACACAGGAGGAAAAGAAUAGACUUUUGAAAGAACGGCUGGACCGAAUUUAUCUGGGCAAUGAGCGGCGCUGUUCCAGAACUCCUGUCUAUGGCAGUGAUUUGUUAGGAAUUUGUUCUCUGAUUAGUCGGAAGAAGACACCUCUGCGUGGGUCUGCAGAGAGAAAUAAAUGGAGUUGGGCUGGCAUGGUGAACUGUUGUGCUUCAUCCUCAAGAAAUACAACUGGUGUACUUCAGUGUUUGAUGCUGACAUUGGAACAACGAAGAGAAUCCCUCCAUGAUGUUAUUAAUAGGCUGGCCUGUGUGCUUCCAGCUGUAGUGGCUGCUCCUCCUUGCUUGUAUGUAGCCAAACCACCGCCCUCUUACAGCCACAAGAUGAAGAUUUUCAAGCACUCUCUGAAGGAGCAGACUGCUCCCUAUUUACAGCAAUUGCAUGAAAUAACGAACCUCAAGGUAUUGCAGUUUCCUGAGCUCAGACUGGUACAGUAUGAUUCAGGAAAGCUAGAAGCUUUAGCUAUCUUGCUUCAGAAGCUGAAAUCUGAGGGACGUCGGGUGCUGAUUUUAUCACAGAUGAUUCUGAUGUUAGAUAUUCUGGAAAUGUUCCUGGACUUCCAUUAUCUUACCUACGUAAGAGUUGAUGAAAAUGCUAACAGUGAACAACGCCAGGAACUUAUGAAGAGUUUCAACAAAGACAAGCGGAUAUUUUGUGCCAUUCUUUCCACCCAUAGUCGCUCUACAGGUAUAAAUCUUGUAGAAGCUGACACAGUUGUGUUUUAUGAUAAUGACUUAAAUCCUGUGAUGGAUGCAAAGGCUCAAGAAUGGUGCGAUAGAAUCGGGAGAAGCAAGGACAUCCACAUAUACAGGCUUGUGAGUGGUAAUUCCAUAGAAGAAAAAUUGUUGAAAAAUGGAACUAAAGAUUUGAUAAGAGAGGUUGCUGCUCAAGGAAAUGACUACUCCAUGGCAUUUUUAACCCAGCAAACUAUCCAGGAGCUAUUUGAUGUUCACUCUCCUGUAGAAGACUCUGGUUUCAGAGUUAAAGCUGAAGAAUUUGUUGUUCUUCCUCAGGAGCCCUCUGCCUCAGAAGCAAUUGCACCUAAAAUCGCAAGGCCUUUUAUAGAGGCUCUUAAGAGUAUUGAAUAUUUGGAGGAUGACACUCCAAAAUAUGAAGAAACAACAGUGUCUGAAACAAGUGCUGAUAUUCUGUCAUCAGAAUUAGAUGAUCCAAGAGUUAAUGAAGAACCUUCACAGUUAGAAGAAUUAGCUGACUUUAUGGAACAGCUCACACCAAUUGAGAAGUAUGCUUUGAAUUAUCUUGAAUUAUUCCAUGCUUCCAUUGAUCAGGAAAAACCAAGAGGCAUUGAGGAGGUAGCAAUAGCUUCAAAGGAGUGGGAAUCCAAUAAUAUGAAACGACUUAAAGAGAGGGAUGCCAUAGUACUCUUAGAAGAGGAGGAGGAAGAAUUACUGACGUACACCAGAGAAGAUGCCUACAACAUGGAAUAUGUUUAUGAAGAUACUGAUGGGCAGACAGAAAUUAUGCCACUUUGGACUCCUCCUACUCCUCCUCAGGAUGACAAUGACAUCUAUAUUGACUCAGUCAUGUGUCUGAUGUAUGAGAACACACCUAUCCCUGAGUCUAAGCUGCCUCCAGUUUAUGUGCGGAAGGAGCGUAAGCGACACAAGACAGAUCCCUCUGCUGUCGGUCGGAAGAAGAAGCAGCGGCACGGGGAGGCUGUCAUUCCUCCUCGAUCUCUCUUUGACCGAGCGACUCCGGGGAUGUUGAAGAUGCGGCGAGAGGGCAAAGAGCAGAAGAAGAACAUUCUGUUGAAGCAACAGACCCAGUUUGCCAAACCUUUGCCAACUUUUGUCAAACCAACAGCAGAGUCUGGGCAGGACAACCCAGAGUGGCUCAUUAGUGAAGACUGGGCAUUGCUGCAGGCUGUAAAGCAGCUGCUUGAGCUUCCUUUAAAUCUCACUGUUGUGUCACCAGCACACACACCUAAUUGGGAUCUUGUUAGUGAUGUUGUUAAUUCCUGCAGCCGAGUUUAUCGAUCUUCGAAACAGUGCCGGAACCGCUAUGAAAACGUCAUCAUUCCGAGAGAAGAGGGAAAGAGCAAAAACAACCGUCCUCUUCGUACAAGCCAGAUCUAUGCCCAAGAUGAAAAUGCUACCCACACUCAGCUGUACACAAAUCAUUUUGAUUUAAUGAAAAUGACUGCCGGCAAGAGAAGCCCCCCAAUCAAGCCUCUACUCGGCAUGAAUCCUUUCCAGAAGAACCCAAAGCAUGCUUCAGUGCUAGCAGAGAGUGGAAUCAACUACGACAAACCCCUGCCUCCAAUUCAGGUUGCAUCUCUGCGUGCUGAGAGAAUUGCAAAAGAGAAAAAGGCUUUGGCUGAGCAGCAGAGGGCCCAGCAGCAGACGGGCACCCAGCCCCCCCAGCAGCAGCAACAGCCUGGGCAGCAGGGAACAGCUGGGCAGCAGGCAGGCCAGACCCAGCCUCAGGUCCAGCCUCCUGGAGUCCAGCAGCAGCAGCAGCAGCAACAGCAGCAGCAGCAGCAGCAGCAGCAACAGCAGCAGCAGCAGCAGCAGCAACAGCAGCAGCAACAGCAGCAGCAGCAGCAGACAAAGGUGCAGACUACAAUUACAACUGUGGCCAGCACGGCAGUAUUGGCUGGAACAAUUAAAACAUCAGCUACUGGGACAAGCAUGCCAACCGGUACAGUUAGCGGAAAUGUUAUAGUGAACACAAUAGCUGGAGUCCCUGCUGCCACCUUUCAGUCCAUUAACAAGCGUAUUGCUUCGCCGGUUGUGCCUGGAAAUUUAACAACCACAGGCAAUGCUUCUCCUGCUCAGGUGGUUCAUGCACAGCCUCGGACAGUUGCCACACCUGCAGCAUCCACCGAGCUGGUCUCUCUAGCAUCUACCCAGGGGGUGCGUGCUGUCACUUCUGUGACAGCCUCUGCUGUGGUGACCACCAACCUGACUCCUGUGCAGGCUCAGACCAGGUCUUUGGUGACUCAGGUGACUCAAGCCACAGGGGUUCAGCUUCCUGGCAAAGCCAUCACCCCAGCCCAUUUCCAGCUUCUCAGACAGCAGCAGCAGCAGCAGCAGCAGCAGCAACAGCAGCAGCAGCAGCAGCAGCAGCAGCAGCAGCAGGCAGCCCAGGUGCAAGUCCCACAGAUCCAGGGCCAGGCCCAAUCCCCUGCCCAAAUGAAAGCUGUGGGGAAGCUAACACCGGAACACCUGAUCAAAAUGCAGAAACAGAAACUCCAGCUGCCUCCGCAGUCGGGACCUCAGCAGCAGGCCCAGCCAGGGGCCCAGCCACAGGCCACCCAAGUACAGGUACAGCAGCAGCCGCAGCAGACGCCACAGUUGGCAGCAGUUGCAGCCCCAAGGCCUGGAGCUCUUCUCACUGGCACGACGGUAGCCAACCUCCAAGUUGCUCGUCUGACUCGUGUUCCUACUUCCCAGUUACAAGCUCAAGGGCAGAUCCAAGCUCAGACAACUCAGACUGCUCAAGUGGCUUUGGCAAAACCACCAGUUGUAUCUGUGCCGGCAGCUGUUGUAUCAUCAGCUGGGGUCACAACACUUCCUAUGAAUGUUGCUGGGAUUAGUGUUGCUAUUGGACAGCCACAGAAAACAGCAGGACAAACCGUGGUUGCACAACCUGUUCAUGUCCAGCAGCUUCUGAAGCUCAAGCAGCAAGCUGUUCAACAGCAGAAAGCCAUCCAGCCCCAGGUGGCUCAAGGUCAAACUUCUGCGCCACAAAAGAUAACUGCUCAGCAGAUAACCGCCCAAGGCCAGCAGCAGAAGGUAGCCUACGCCACCCAGCCCGCAAUUAAAACCCAGUUUCUUACUACACCAAUUUCCCAGGCUCAGAAAUUAGCAGGCGCCCAGCAAGUGCAGACCCAGAUACAAGUUGCAAAGCUUCCUCAAGUAGUCCAACAGCAAACAGCCGUGGCUAGUAUUCAGCAGGUGGCCUCUGCUUCUCAGCAGGCGUCACCACAGACCGUGACACUCUCUCAAGCAACAACUGCAGGUCAGCAGGUCCAAAUGAUCCCUGCAGUGACUGCAACAGCUCAGGUGGUUCAGCAGAAACUCCUCCAACAGCAGGUGGUGACAACAGCCUCCACGCAGCUUCAGGCCCCAGGUGUACCCAACCCCGCCCAGGGGCCAGCCAGCUCUGAUGGCCAGAGUCAGCAGGCUAAGUUACAAAUGAGAAUGUCGACUGUCAGGUUAAAGACAGCUAACAAGCCUAGUUGAGCCAAGCAUGGGAAAAGCGGGGAUAUUUGUUUUCUUUGGUCAAGCUCCAGCUGCAAAAUAGGCACACCCUUUCUAUUUCCUGGUCUUAAGGCAGAAAACCACUGUUUUCAUAGAGGACAUUUUAUUUAUUUCUGAACCUUGGAAACCUUUUCACACCAAAACACACGACCUUUGGAAAAUUCUUGUCAAAACCAAGUAGUGUAACUAUUUUAUUAAAGUGUAUCCUUCUCUUACAGAAAAGUGAUCCUUCCUGAAAGCCUCUCUGUACUGUAUAACUAAUGGAAACAGUGACCAUGGUGAUCAGUACUCUCCUUCUUCAUUCAUGGCAGUGUUUUCUCCAGAGCACUAGUACUGGGUUUUGAUAGCCACUUAGUAGAAUUUCUUUGUAGUAAUACAAUAUUUUGCACAUUACAUUUGUGCUAAUUGGUUUGUGCAGUGAGUCAUAAAAUGGAAAGUCUUUUUAAAACUUUAAAAAAAAUUCUAGAUAAGACUUUAAAUUAAAUCUUUCACCUUAUCCAGAAAAGACAAACCAUGGUCCUUUUAGUGGAGGGAACAGCUAGAGUCAGUCACCUGUAAUUGAGUUUUCAUUCCAAAGAGUAGCCAUUGUGUUCUGUGCUUUCUAAAAGUGAUUUGUUUUCAUACUUUUAAAGGAAAUAUUUGGUAAUGCUAUUCAUCUAAGCACAUUCUAGGUGCAUUCCCUGUAUUUUGUCUAUUGGCUUAUUUAACAUGCAUUGGGCUGCUUCAGAUUGUUUCAGGAAAAUGUUGGGACUCUGAUGUCUUGGACUAGUUAGAACUAAAGUGCCAUAGAAGCGUCAUAGACACUACCUGUUUUAUUGCUGUAUAAUCUAUAGUGACCUUAGUCUCAGUGUAUGUAGAGUGAGAGCAAGAUGGAGAAAUGAGAGUAGGGAUGGCAAGAAUAUUCAGAGGUCCAAGCUUCGGGGGAGCUGAGAAAUGUUAUAUUUAUAUGUAUGUAGACGGAGCAUCUGAGGGUCCAGAAAUAGACCAAGUGAUCUAUGUAUUGUAAAUGUGUACAAAUUUUUAAUACAUUGAAAAAAAUACGCUAGUCUUAUCAAGCAGGAUGUUCUGGGCAGUCACUGCAUUUUCACUUUCCAGGGUCUCUACUUGAGCAAAUUUUGGUUCAGCCUAGUAAAGGUGAGAACCUUAACCAUCUGCAAUUUGUGGAGCUGUAUGAUAUCGAAGGAGAAAAAGGGAAGAUUCCUGUUGCAGGGUUUUUUGUCGAUGUUGUUUGUUUUAAAUAAGGGAAGGCAGUGGAUGGAAUGUUAAGUGGCUAUGCUGGUUGAUGAUGGCAUCUUACAUACGUAUCUUUUGCCAUAUUUUUAGUAUGCAAAAGGAAAAAGCCUAAAUAGUACCUUUUCUCCAUGGAUAUAUUUUGCUCAUUCAUGUCCAGGGAAGGGUAAGGGUAUACUGGUUUUUUUUUUCCUUUAACAAAUGCCAGUUAUUUCUUAUAGCAUUCAAAACUUAAAAUUUUUAUUGAAAAAUCUAUUUUUCCUCUGUAAAUGCAGCAUUUUUCCUUUAAAAUUUUUUAUUUUAAGUAAUUUGUCAAAGAAAUUCAUCCACUUCACAAUUUUAAAAAACUAGCAUCCUGCAGAUUUAUUUGGACAUAAUCAAACACUUUUCUAGCUAUAAAUAAAUAGGUAGAAAGACAGUGAAGAUCAUAUGUUUAAGGAUCAUAAAAUUGAAAUUGUUUGAAAAAAUAUGGAGUACUAAAACAACUUGCUACUUCUAGGAGAUUUUAUAAUUUGUUAAAGUUUUGAUUUUCAAGUGAAUUGUUCACACAGAAAUAUUAAAGUGAAAACGUCACAUGUGCAUGCUGCUUUUCAGUAUGACAGUUUCAGAUAUUACAAGUAUUCUAAACUUACUGAAUUAAAAUGUAUAGGAAUUCUCCAAACUUAUUUCCAUUUGCCCACCCUGAUAGUUUUUCUUUAGAUCUUCAGAGUGAACCUUUUAAAAUGAUGAUAGAAUUUGAACGCAUUUAUUUUAGAAAUGCUCAAGAAUUCUCAAAAGGUAAUUAAUUGUUUAAAUAAAACCCCCCUGUAAUGCCAUAGCAGUCUGGGUAGACAACUUAGAGCCAAUUGCAGAAAAACUUUUAAAAGUUUAAAUCCUGUUGUUUCUAUAAUUGCUGUAUGUAAUUCUUGUCCCUGUCAUUGCUGGUGAAAAGGAAUCUACUCUUCAUAUUCUUGGCAAGGAGAUUUUAGUUAAACUUCAGUAAUCCUAAUAACACAUAAAUUGAAUUGAAUUGAGCUCAUUGGACUUAUGCCAAGAGCAUACAUAUUUAAGACUAUAGUAUCAAAAGGUUACUCCUGCCCUAAGUAGUGUUCCACAUAGUCGUUUGAGUACUAACACUCCAUCCCCAGUGUUCUGACUCAUUCAGUUUCCUUAGCUUCAUGUUUGAAAGGUCAAGCUUUCUGUUUUUAAGAAGAUAAUUGAAGUUUGGUUCAGCAAAGUUGUCUAGGAAGUUUCAGACUGUUACUGUUAGCAAAAUUCUGUAUUACCACGCAAAUCAGGCUUCUCUUACUGCGCUAUAAUGAUUCAAGGGUGUAUUCAGGAACACAGCAGCAAAAUCGUUGUGAGAUUUUACUUCAGCCACCAUUGAAACCAGUUACCCAGUUAUUCUCUAAGAGAUACUUGUUUUCAUUCAGGUCAGACAGUGUUGUAAAACGUUCAGUGGGGAAGCACAUUGCCUGCGUCCAAGUGCUGUUCAGAUGUUGUGCCUCAAGGGGGAACGGUUUUUCUUUUAAUAAAUAAAAAUGCUGGCUUAAAAACAAACAACACUGUAACCGAUAGCUGUUGUGUUUUAAAACAUACAGGAACAAGGUUGAAAUUGUAAAUACUUUGUAAACAUAAACAUUUGUACUUGAAUAGUAGGAUUUUAAAGAGCACUGACAUCCUACCAGAUAAAAGGUAUAAUAAAGUGUCCUUUUUUAUAAA